UCUUCAGAGAGGGGCAACUCAGAGGGAAAAUCUCACUGCAGAUCUCCGCCCCUCCAUGAAUGUUAUAUACUGAAACCUAAAACUGCGGCAGGCCCGUAUUUGGUGUCUCCUUGAAACUGUCAUUAUGAAAGGGGACACGGAGAACACGUCCAAAGUUGAGCCCUCCAAUGGGCACAGCAGGCCCCUGGACAUUGUACCCAGCACAGAGGAGAAGAUGAUAGACAGGGGUCAGUGGAGCAACAAGAUUGAGUUUAUUCUGUCAGUGGCGGGAGAAAUUAUCGGCCUGGGGAAUGUCUGGCGUUUCCCCUACCUAUGUUAUAAGAACGGAGGAGGUGCCUUCUUCAUCCCUUACCUCAUCUUCCUGUUUGCUUGUGGGAUCCCGGUCUUCUUCCUGGAGACGUCUCUGGGUCAGUACACCAGUGAGGGAGGCAUCACAUGCUGGAGGAAAAUCUGCCCGUUAUUUGAAGGAGUGGGUUAUGCCACCCAGGUGAUUGUUGCUCUGCUUAACAUCUACUACAUCGUCGUGUUAGCCUGGGCCCUCUUCUACCUGUCCAACUCCUUCACCUGGGAUCUGCCCUGGGCCUCCUGCAACAACACCUGGAACACAGAUUCCUGUAUGGCAUUUCAGAGGGGGAAUAGCUCCAUCAAUCACCAUGAGAACACCACCUCUCCUGUCAUUGAGUUCUGGGAGCGGAGAGUGCUGAGAAUUUCCUCAGGUAUUCAUCACAUUGGCUCUCUGAAUGGGGAUCUGGUUAUCUGUCUGGCCGUUGCAUGGGUCAUCUGCUACUUCUGCAUCUGGAAGGGAGUAAAGUCUACUGGCAAGGUGGUUUACUUCACAGCCACCUUCCCUUACGCUAUGCUGGUGGUCCUGCUGAUCAGAGGGGUCACCCUGCCAGGAGCAUCCAGGGGAAUCCACUUCUACCUCUACCCCGACCUGGGGCGGCUGUCUGACCCACAGGUUUGGAUGGAUGCUGGGACUCAGAUCUUCUUCUCCUAUGCCAUCUGUCUGGGUUGCCUCACCGCCCUGGGAAGCUACAAUAAAUACAACAACAACUGCUACAGAGAUUGCCUGUCCCUCUGCUUCCUGAACAGUGGAACCAGUUUUGUUGCAGGUUUUGCCAUCUUCUCCAUCCUCGGCUUCAUGUCCUACGAGCAGAACGUGCCCAUCUCAGAAGUGGCUGAAUCUGGUCCAGGUUUGGCCUUCAUUGCCUAUCCUCGUGCUGUGUCCAUGAUGCCUUUCUCUCCUCUAUGGGCCUGCUGCUUCUUCAUUAUGAUUGCCUUCCUGGGACUGGACAGUCAAUUUGUGUGUGUGGAGAGCCUGGUGACAGCCAUGGUGGACAUGUAUCCCUCCACCUUCCGGCGUAAAAACCGCAGGGAGCUCUUCAUCCUGGCGGUGGCUGUGGUGUCCUUCCUCCUGGGGCUCAUCAUGCUGACGGAGGGCGGCAUGUACGUCUUCCAGCUCUUUGACUACUACGCAGCCAGUGGGAUGUGCCUGCUUUUCGUGGCUAUUUUUGAGACUGUUUGCAUUGCUUGGAUUUAUGGUGCAGACCGUUUCUAUGACAACAUCGAGGACAUGAUUGGCUAUCGCCCCAGCCCUGUUAUCAAAUACUGCUGGCUUUUCUUCACCCCUGCAACAUGCUUUGCAACCUUUGCUUUCGCCUUGAUCAAGUAUUCACCUCUGAAGUACAACAAUGAAUACGUAUACCCAUGGUGGGGCAAUGGGAUAGGCUGGAUCCUGGCUCUGUCCUCCAUGAUGUGUAUCCCUGUCUGGAUAGCAGUGAAACUGUACUACACCCCUGGAACACUAAGAGAGCGCCUUGUUUUCUUGACCACUCCUUCCCCCGACUUACCGAAGACAAAGCAGGAACAGGAGAAGCUGCUGGCCAUCUUCGCAGCGGACGGCGACAGCCUCCAUCAGAAAUCCCCUCCCACUAAGGAAGGCUACUUCCCUGUUGAUGAAAAGGAGUCUCAUUGCUAGAGACACGAGGGUUGGAAUCAGAGCCUUGUAGGGGUCAAAGGUCACUCCUCAGCUUUGACACUCUGUCUGGCCCCAUCCCAACUUCCUCUUUAAUACCUCACCAGACAAAGUGGCGAAACAGGCACGGCGCAGACUUUAAGAGUCACCUUACCUGUAACUGCUGAUCUGCUGCUGGAGCUUUCUCCUUUGAAAAACUGCCUUAAGUACGACGGCAUCAGCAUUCUUACUUAAAGAGUUACAUCACUUGGUUACCAUCUCGUUUGCCAGAGGCAGAAUCAUAUUUACACUUGAAAAAAUGUUGCCAUUGUUGUAACACAAUGGCUAAGAAUUUACAUUUGAUCAUGUCUGCUUUCUAAGGAAGCAUUUUUUCAGUUAUGGACAGCUCUAAUGUUCAGUUAGUUUGACAUUUCAGUUACUUUAUUGAUUCUAACAGCUAUCGGCUGCAGACGGAGAACAAGCGGUGUCACGUGAAUACAAGCUGUGUGUUUUGUGUGUGUUUUGAGUACAAGCGUAUUCCAUCCAUCCAUCCAAUCAUGCCGACAGCUCUGUUUUUUACUGUAUAGUAGAUUGUUAUCAUCUCAGGAUGUUAUAUUUUCUAAUAAAAAAAGGCAUACUAAUAACCAAUGCUUGAGAAAGCAAGAAUUGGAUUUUAAAUGUAUAUUUAGCUGAACUCAUCAGAACUCAACUCAAUUAAGCUUUGCUGUUGUUUUUAAGAUUAAUGUUAUAAUGUUCAUUUAUUCCAUAUGAUUUUAUUUCUUUUAUCGCAGAGUUGCAUGAAUAUGUUACAUGAUUUUUUGCAAUCUUCUGAUUAUUGACAUGAUUUUAAUUUAGUCAGUUUCGCCUUAUCUCUAAUGCAUUAAAAUGUAUGACAUUAAAAUGUAAAGUGCCUGAAGGAGACAGUUGUGCCACUUAGAUGAUAUGAACAGCUGGUUGAAGGGUUUCAUUCCAAAAUGAAUAUCUCUCAUGUCAUCUCUUUUUCUGCUGUUUUGUAAUGAACUUCAGCAUGUUUUUGUUUUUUUUAGAUGUUGGAAUGAGUAUAUGAUCAUUGAUUGCCGAUAGGGAAUACUUUUACAAAUAUAACUUUUAUAUGCUAAAAUUAUUUUUUAUGACUGAAUAAAAAUACUUUUAUUUGA